UCGGGAGCGACAUAGUGAGUUACAGUACGGAGUUCCGCGCCUUUCUGCCGGGUUCUCAUUUCUCGCUUCUCAGCCGCAUUUCCGCGAGCUCUUGGAAUGCAACGUUUGAUGGGGGCGCUCGAUCCUUUACGGGGACUUCGAUGUUUCUCAUUCCUCAAAGGUUCCACUUCAUUUCCUUCUCAUGAUUCCAUUUGAUGUUUUUCGUUCCUCAAAUGGCUGUUAACCCUCCUUUAGUUUUUCGGACGAAUCAGUUAAAUGUAGUUAGAUGUCUUUAUCCUGUUUCGAUCUUUGGCGAUGGCUCAUGCUUUUGUGGGGGGAUAAGAGGACUGUAUAAUAGGGAGUUAUUAUCCUUUCGGUUUUGGUGGCCGCAGCAUCCUAGUCGAUGUAUGACGACCAGCAAGCGGGUGCAAGACAGAAGCGGGAAGAAGAGGGUUCAUGACCUUGAGAUUGCAACCGAGAAGUGGAAGAUAGCGUCCAAGGUGCUCUUUUUAAUGGAGACUCUUAAAAAAGAGCCCGAGAUGAUCAUUCCCGUUCGGUCACUCGAACAAUAUCGGAAACAGAUUAAUUUACCCAAACCCCACAGGAUUUCGGAUUUCAUUCGGAAAUCACCCAAACUUUUUGAGCUUCACAAGGAUCAUAAGGGGGUAUUAUGGUGUGGGAUGACUGAGAAGGCGGAAGAUUUGAUAAAGGAGGAAGAGAAGAUUCUUGAGCAGCAGUCAGAUAAAGCAGCGGAGUACGUUACGCGGAUGCUGAUGAUGUCAGUUGAUAAACGGCUUCCACUGGAUAAGAUUGCUCAUUUCCGUCGAGAUGUAGGCUUGCCGCUGGAUUUCAGGACCAAUUGGGUGCACAAAUAUCCUCAGCAUUUCAGGGUGGUUCAGUCUGUAGAUGAAGUAGAGUUUUUGGAGCUUGUGUCUUGGAAACCUUCUUGGGCAAUCACAGAAUUGGAGAAGAAGGUGACGGGAGUAACUGAGAAGGAUUCUCACAACCCCGGUACGCUCUCACUCGCAUUCCCCUUGAAAUUUCCUCCGGAGUUUAAGAAGGUAUAUCGAUUUGGUGGGAAAAUCGAUCAUUUUCAGAAAAGGUCUUAUUUAUCUCCCUAUGCGGAUGCUCGGGAUCUCAAACCUGGGUCGCUAGAAUUCGAUAAGAGGGCUAUUGCCAUUAUGCACGAACUGCUUAGUUUUACCAUCGAGAAGAGGCUAGUAACUGAUCACCUCACUCACUUCCGACGUGAACUAGUGAUGCCUCAAAAGCUUAUGAGACUUCUUUUGAAGCACUUCGGCAUCUUCUAUGUCUCGGAGAGGGGUAAGAGGUUUAGUGUAUUCUUAACUGAAGCUUAUGAAGGUCCGGAGCUGAUUGAUAAAUGCCCUUUGGUCCUUUGGAAGGAAAAAGUCCAAGGUCUUAUUGGUUACAGAGAAAGGAAGAAGAAAAUAGAGACAUUCAGCGACGUGUCGGAUAUGGAAGGUGAUAGUUUGCUCCAGAGUGAUUCUGAGGAGGAGAACUUGCAUGUAGAAUUAGAGCAACGGGAAACCAUGGAUUAUGAGGAUGCUUUACUUUCGGACAACUCUGAUAUGGACGUUGCAGGGGUUUCCAGUGUAUACCAAAAUUCUUAAAACUUCUUGAGGUCAUAAUAAUUCUUAAAAUUUUCCAUUGUAACUUAUUAUAUUCUUUUUCAUUUGGCUCGAGAAUGUAAAUUUAUAUUUGAGGAUGUAAUCAUUAGCCUUUUCUUUUUUCCGGUCAAUUUAA